GUUUUUAUGUACUCUUAUAAGAAAAAAGUUAUUUUGUUUACAAAUCCAUGCGAUAUAAACCCACUUAACACCAAAAUUUGUAAAAAAAUAUUUGAAUGGCCUUAAAUUGAAUAUUUAAUUUUCUGUCCAGGGAAAAAACUUGUUUGGCAAAGGAAGUGGUAAGCGAUGUUAAAUACGGUUUAAUAUAUAUUAUAUUUCAAACUUAAAGUUAACAACUUUUUUGUUUGAAAGCUUUAACAUACGGAAUACUAACAUUUUGUAGGGUUUUUCAAAAAGAUUAUUUUGAAUUAGGUCAAGCUACAGACGAAAAAAGGUCUAUUUACAUACAUGCAUGUUAUAAUAGGUAACUUCCAUUAAUAUAAGGUGUUGCACUAAAUUCCCUUGAAUAUUCGCUUAUACAAAUUAUAUAAAACUUAUAGAAAUACACCGCAAUCCCGUAAUAAUAUAAUGUGCAAGGCUAUUCCCUAUGUACAUUCUACAUUGUACUGUACUCUUGUGCCGUAUGUAUAGCUAAAUUCACACCAGCAUACAUACAUUAAAUACAUAAAAACUACGUCAGCACUUACAAUGGUAAUCGUCUUAGGCUGGCUAUUAGACGGUCGUCCUGUUAUAAAACUUGUGCUUUGGUUUCUUUGAACACUAAGCAACCAACAUUUACCGACCCUUUGCCCAAUGCCCAUAUUGUCGAAGAAGUCAUAAUUCACUAUAUUGUUUCUUACAUUACGACUGGGUGGUUGGCGCGUGUUGACUAUAACAAAACAAUGUGGAAGUAGCUUUUUUAAAUGGUUAAAUGUUCAAGUGAAAAAAGGCUCGUCAGUUGACUUUUACCCGGAACAGUAAACGACGCUUUGCUUAAAAAAUUAAUGUGAUGUAACCGUCUUCAAUACAUUCAAUAUUUGACGUGCAUUAGGAAAUAACGAUAUUCUUGUUGUUUUUAAAUGAGAAUAAAUAAACUUAAAUUUACUUUGAAACAACUAGUUAGUUAAAAUAUAAAAUUUUAAAUGUUUAAGAGUGAUAGAUAUUUCUUUGUGCAACACUUUUCAGUCUUAAAUGUCUAAGUUCUUAAAUCAUUGAAAUCAAGUUCUUAAUGUCUGAAAGUGACGAAGAUUCAACUUUUGAGGUUCUUCCUUCACCUUCAAAACACUGGGACCCUGCUAGCUACGGUAAAAAAAACGGAAUGUGGUAUGCUUCCCCCGGAAAUCAGGGCUGGGGAUCAAAGCCAAUCAGCCGAAAACCUUCUAUCAUGGAAGCUGAUUUGGGGACUUUAUCAACAACAUCCGGCUCUAUAAAACGCAGUGCCGGACGAGUUAUAAGAAUCAUAAAUAGUUUGGAUCAUUCAGUUCAGUGCCGUGUUCUACUCAACUUACGCACUUCACAGCCUUUCGAAGAUGUUUUAGAAGACCUGGGUCAAGUUUUAAAAAUUAAUGCAGCUAAAAAAAUGUAUACGGGGACAGGACAGGAAGUACGAAGUUUCUCGCAGCUUCGAAAUGAAUUUGCGGAUGUAGACACCUUUUAUCUAGCGACUGGAACGGCUAUAAUUGCAGGUUCCCCAAUUCGAAGGUCACGAUCACGACCCUCUGUAGUCCCUGCACCAAUUUCAACCGAUGAGCUUCCAAAAGUUCCCAUUCGUGGAGCCCGACCUAGAAGUAAAAGCCGACCUAGAAUUUUAUAUGCGCCGGAAAGUGAAAUCCUUCGACCAAGUGGUGAAUACUCCAUGUUAGAUAUUAUCAAAGAAGAACCUACUAAAGUAACUAUAAGAGGUUUGAGAAGAACCUUUUAUCCACCGAUUCAUCAUGCACCAGCUGACAAUUCUCCACCUGAUAAAAAGCUCCAAUUGCAAUGGGUUCAUGGUUACCGAGGAAUUGAUGCUCGUCGCAAUCUUUGGGUACUUCCAUCUGGGGAGCUGCUUUACUAUGUUGCAGCAGUAGCUGUUUUGUUAGACCGCGAUGAAGAAGCACAACGACAUUAUACUGGUCACACUGAAGAUAUCAUGUGUAUGGAUGUACAUCCUUCAAGAGAGUUAGUAGCGUCUGGACAAAAAGCAGGACGUGAUAGAAAAUCUCAAGCUCACGUACGUAUCUGGAGUACAGAAUCCCUCCAAACUUUGUAUGUUUUUGGAAUGGGUGAACUAGAUACAGGUGUAACAGCAGUUACUUUUUCGCAAUUGAAUGGUGGCAGUUAUAUUUUAGCCGUUGACAGCGGACGCGAGAGUAUUCUUUCUGUAUGGCAAUGGCAGUGGGGUCACCUUUUGGGAAAAGUUGCGACUUUGCAAGAAGGGCUUUCGGGAGCAGCUUUUCAUCCACUUGAUGACAACUUAAUUAUUACACAUGGCCGAGGUCAUCUUGCUUUUUGGCACCGCCGAAAAGAUGGAUUUUUUGAGCGAACAGACAUAGUAAAACAGCCGUCUAGAUCCCAUAUUACUAGUGUUCAAUUUGAACCUGAUGGUGACGUUGUAACGGCUGAUUCAGAUGGGUUCAUUACAAUAUAUAGCGUUGAUUCUGAUGGUGCUUACUUUGUGCGUACUGAAUUUGAAGCUCAUAAUAAAGGAAUAGGAUGUCUCAUCAUGCUUGGGGAAGGAACUUUACUUUCCGGUGGCGAAAAGGAUCGUAAAAUUGCCGCAUGGGAUUCAUUGCAAAAUUAUAAAAAAAUUGCCGAAACAAAGCUUCCAGAGUCUUCGGGGGGAGUUCGUACGAUUUAUCCUCAAAGACCAGGAAGAAACGACGGAAACAUAUACGUUGGCACGACCAGAAAUAAUAUUCUUGAAGGUUCACUACAAAGGCGCUUCAAUCAGGUUGUUUUCGGACAUGGCCGUCAACUUUGGGGACUUGCUGUACAUCCAGAAGAUGAAAUUUUUGCAACUGCUGGUCACGAUAAACACAUUGCACUUUGGCGGAAACAUAAAUUAAUUUGGUCAAUUCAAACUGGAUACGAAUGUGUUGCAUUAGCUUUUCAUCCAUUUGGAACUGCUCUUGCAGCAGGAAGUACAGAAGGGCACCUUCUUGUUAUAAAUGCCGAAAAUGGUUCAGUUAUGUUAACAUUGCGAGUUUGUGGUUCACCUCUAAACUGCAUCGCAUAUAAUCAAGUGGGAGAUAUGAUCGCAAUGGGUUCGCAAAAUGGAAGUAUUUACCUGUUUCGAGUUUCUCGUGAUGGCUUCUCAUAUAAAAAAGUUAACAAAAUCCGUGGAUCUCAGCCUCUCACUCAUCUUGAUUGGAGCAUGGAUGGUAAUUAUGUACAAACUGUAACCAUUGAUUUUGAUUUGCUAUUCUGGGAUGUCAAAUCCCUCUCACCGGAACGAAGUCCAAUUGCAAUGAAAGAUGUUAAAUGGUUGACAAAUAACUGUACGGUUGGAUUUCUUGUGGCUGGAAUAUGGAACAACCGAUACUAUAAUAAUACAUCAACAAUAAUUGCUACAUGUAAUCGUUCCUCGAUUCACGAUAUGUUAGUGUCCGGGGAUUCAGACGGAUAUUUACGUUUAUUUAGAUAUCCAUGCACAAGUCCAAGAGCUGAAUUCAAUGAAGCAAAAGUAUACUCGGGAAUGUUGGCAUGCGCACGAUUUCUGUUUGGGGAUCGGAACAUCGUUACUGUUGGCGGCACCGACGCAUCACUAAUGAUUUGGGAUUUAGUUGAUGAAUAGCCCAAAUGGCCGCCUUGGCGAACUGCUGAUGCAUCCUUUCAGUCCCGGUAUAGUGACAACUGGCGCCGGCAAAAUAGCAUGAUUUCCUCAACUCUUAUUGACAGUGAUUCAGAAGAAUAAUUAAUAAAAAAAGUGUAGGUUUUCAAGUCUUACCAUUGAAUAUUCAAGUCUUCAAUUUAUUAUUAUAUAAAUCGUUUCCAAAAAUAUCUUCCAAGUAAAAAUUCAAUUAAAAAAGUUUGUUUAUAAGUAGUUUAAAUUGUUGCACUGCUAGGAGCAUUCAUUUAAAUAUUUAUUAGUACCCAAAUCUUUAACAAAUUAACACAAAAUUUAAUGAUACAAAAAUAUAUAUGUACUUAUAUUAAAGACAUCAAAUUUGGUCACUCCCGCAUUAUUAUUUUAGUCUAUUGUUUUCAAUUUGACACUCCGAAAUAACUAAAUAAAUAAAAAUUGAAAGAACUGCCCUUCUUAAAAUAAGUAUAGGUAUAUUUUGUACUGAAAUGUAAUUCUCGGUAUCCAAACAACAUUCAAAAUACUUAAAGUAGUUAAAACAGUAAAAUGAUCAAUAGUUGUAUUUUUUUAGUUUGUUUUGUUUAAAAAGAAUUAGUUGUUAUCAAAUAUUUUAUUUUUGUAUAUGACACUACGAAUGAAAUCACAGUAAAUGUAUGAAAAACGAAACAAGUUACACUACAUACAUAAUAUUCAUUAAAUAGUUUUCGUGAAUAAAUUAAUUAUUUAUUAAAAAAAACAUAAUUUAUGGUAAUCUUAUGUUUGUUAGAAAUAUACGAGGCUUCAUUUUUAUCGCAUAAUAUCGACCAGUUAUACAACAAUGUUAUAUUCCAACAGUCACUUGAAAAAGUGUUUUUUUUAAAUAUACAAUAAAGUUACACUUUCCCAUA